ACAAUCAGCUGUCGUUUCUCAUCUAACACACAUCACAACCCUAAAAUAUAGAAUAAUCAUUAUAAAGUCGACUAUUUUGUAAACUUUUACUCUUCACGCACCUUAACACAACUAAAAAUAAAUAAAAACUAAUAAAAAAGAAACAAAAUAAAUUAAUUGUUGUGUUGACAAUGUCAAAACUAUCAAAAUUAUUAAAUUAUCAGUGAAAACUCAUCAUGUAACAUGUAACACAUUCAAAUUUAUGUUUUUCAUUCAUUAAAACUCUAAAAAUCAUUAAAAAUACUAAAAACACGCAAAAAAUAUUUAAAAACAUGAAAAGAAACAUUAUGGAACGUUUUACUUUCAAAAAAACAAAAAAUUUUACUCUUUUUACCAAUGGAUUCAAAAAUAAUCACAAAACAAUGAAAACUCAUUAAAUUCUAAUAAAAAAAAUGGGGUAUAUCAAAGGGAUACCUUACAUUAUCCUAUGGUUCAGCAGUAUUUUUGCUGGCUAUGCAGGAUUUUUCUGUCCCCUGUUACCCCUAAUGUUUAUCUCUAACAAGUGGUACAGACGUGUCACCGACUUCCUGCUCACUUUUUGGCAAAUGUAUCCAUCGGCAUUGUUAGAAUUUAUCCACGGCUGUGACAUUCAUGUGACUGGCGAUGCUAUUAACGCAGAUGAAAAUAUUCUGUUGGUUAUGAAUCAUCGCACGCGUACCGAUUGGAAUUAUCUGUGGCCGGCGGUGUCGAAAGCGACAAUCGGGAGGAAUCGAUGGAUGUAUCCUACGAAAUUUGUGCUUAAGGAUCCUAUUAGACAUGUACCAGGAGUAGGAUGGAUGAUGCAACUAGGAAGUUAUCUCUACAUUAAACGCCACUGGGAAGAAGACCAAAUAAAAAUGGCGAAAGCAAUCGAUUUCUUCACGGAACUAAACACAAAAUUCAGUUUGUUGAUAUUUCCUGAAGGCACAGACCUCACACCACAGACCAAAGCAAACAGUGAUAGAUUUGCAGAUAAAAUGGGACUACCACAUUAUGACCACGUUUUACACCCAAGAACAACCGGCUUCUGCUACCUAGCCAAAAAAAUGCUUGAAAAAGGCACUCUGGACGCAAUUUACGAUGCAACCAUUGUUUAUGUUGAUAAAACACCACAGAAUGAGAAAUCUCUAGUCAAUGGCAACGUACCAAAACACAUCUGCAUACAUUUCAAGCGAUACAACUACGGCGAAUUCAAUGCAUCAGAACAAUCACUCCAAAAAUUCUUAGAAACCCGCUGGAGCGAAAAAGAAGCACUCCUCGCCGAUUUCCAAAGCUCUGAUCGUCGCACCCUGUACGAUUCCAAGAUGGAAAUGCGCGUACGCCCCUAUACACGCAACUUUCUACUCGCGUUAAUCUUCUGGACACUACUACCCUUCCCAGUCGGGUAUUUUCUAUACACAUGCCCCACUUUUAGAUACAUUGUAAUAGCACACACAAUAUUUCUGUUAUCCGUUAAUAUUCUAUCGGAUGGUUUUCAAUCUGUGGAAAUCGGCGUGCAUGAAAGCAAGAAACGCGUUCGAAGAUUAUUCGUACAUGAACAUCAUGAUAAUUAACAAUAAACAAUCAAUUAAACUAUUAUUAAUAUUUAUUUACAUGUUAAAUGGAUUAACAUGCAAAUAAAAACUAAAUUAUUAAUAGAUUUGUAGUAUAUUAUUAGUAGUAUAAUGCGGCGGGUUCAAAGACCAUUUUAAAUUUAAAAUGAAAAAAGAAAAUAUUGAAAUAUUUAAACAAUUUAAACAAUUACAGAUCGAUGUGAUGUAUUCUUGUAUGUAUAUUGUAUUGAUGUAUUUUUCGAUGUCGUCUUUUAACAACUUUUAGUCCUGCUAGUCUAUUUUAUGUACAAAAAAACCUAACCUAACCUAAAAAUAUUUACGAUGUGAAUUCAAGGUGCCAAACAUAAGAAUAAUUAUUCUUAGAAUAAUUGUUUGAUUAAUAACUUAAGUACUUAAAGAAUUGUUUAAAGAGUAGUUUGUGUAAUGAUUGUGCAAUAUGAUUGUGCAAUUUAGUAAAUGCGUAAAUUAUAACCAUUCCAUUGUAUUACGAAAAUUGUUAUCAGUUAAUAAUCACAGCACCGUAGUAAAUAUUCCAUGCACAAAACUAAAAACACUGAAAAAUGUAUAAAUAGUUUUAAAGUAAAUAAAUCCACCCCUGGAACAAGGAAA